CCGGAAGCAUCGCACAUUUACGCUGGCCAUGAAUCGCGACAAUGAGACUUAGACGACGUCAAUUAUUGCUACUCAACCGGUUCUGAUAUCAUUUUCCUUUUCGGAAGCUGUUUUGGUAGUUAGGGUUCGCGCGAUGCGCGGCUCACUUGUGCCGCGAAGGAAGGCACUGGGGGCCUUGUUGGACAACGUUAUUACGAGACAGGCUCCGGCUACGCAGCAUGCUCAGGGACCUCUGAGGCAGACGUCGCCGAUAUAUAAAGCUGCAUUGAGGCAGCUGACCACAGCGUCUUUGCCGAAGGCGAGACUGCCAGUUACACAACCGAAGCUGAACACUGCGAACCUGAAAUUAGUAUCGUCAUGGACGACUAUUAAACCGACUUGGCCGUCGCCGGCGACUCAGCUGCGAGCGCUUUCCACAACUCCGCAACGGAAGGAGGUACAAAAGACAGAGCCGGCACCGACACCUCCUAAGAAGGAAGACUGGAAGGAGCAAGCCCGGCGAGAAGAGGAAGAGGAAGAAGACUUGGAAGCCGAGCGCGGCUUUGGUCGCAGUGAGAAGGCAUCUCGCGCGGCACAAGUGAACCUCUCCGCACGACUGGGUGACACGAAAGGGGUCAAGAACACUGCCGGCUUCGGCGAGAUAUGGCGGUUGAUUAAGAUUGCGCGGCCCGAGGCCAGAUGGCUGGGACUCGCAUUCGUCUUCCUGCUCAUAUCGAGCACGAUUACCAUGUCGAUUCCAUUCUCGAUCGGAAAAAUCCUUGAUUUGGCGACAAAUGAGAGCGGCGAGGGAAAGCUCUUUGGCCUGGACUUGAAGCAGUUCUACAUUGCGCUUGGUUGCGUGCUGACCCUGGGAGCUGCGGCUAACUAUGGACGUAUCAUUAUUCUACGAAUUGUGGGUGAAAGAAUUGUCUCGCGCCUAAGAAGUCAAUUGUACAGACGCACAUAUGUCCAGAAUGCCGAGUUCUUCGAUGCGAACCGCGUUGGUGACCUCAUAUCGAGACUGAGCUCCGACACCGUCAUCGUUGGAAAGAGUAUCACCCAGAACCUUUCUGACGGUCUUCGUGCGUUUGUCAGUGGUGGUGCCGGAAUCGCAGCUAUGGCUUGGGUCAGCAUCAAACUCACUAGCAUUUUGUGUCUCAUGUUCCCGCCUGUCGCCAUCGGCGCCUUCUUCUAUGGCCGAAUGAUCCGAAAUCUCAGCCGCAAGAUCCAGCGAAACCUAGGCACGUUAACCAAGAUCGCUGAAGAGCGCUUGGGGAACGUGCGAACCAGCCAGGCUUUUGCGGGUGAAAUCCAGGAGGUGUCCCGGUAUAAUAAGCAGAUCAAGAAAAUCUUUGCUCUGGGAAAGAAAGAAGCUAUUAUCAGUGCGACUUUCUUCAGUUCAACGGGAUUCAUGGGAAAUAUGACUAUCUUGGCCCUACUCUACUCUGGUGGUGCAAUGGUUAAGAGCGGAGCGAUUAGUAUCGGCGACCUAACAUCCUUCCUUAUGUACACAGCCUACGCCGGUUCUUCACUAUUUGGAUUGUCUUCCUUCUACUCCGAGUUAAUGAAGGGCGUUGGUGCAGCAUCCCGUCUGUUUGAACUUCAGGACCGCAAGCCAACCAUCCACGCCACUGUUGGCCAGCCUGUCAAGUCAGCCCAAGGCCCAAUCACAUUCAAAGACGUCCACUUCGCCUACCCAACUAGACCUGCAGUCGACAUCUUCUCCGGCCUAGACUUCACCAUCCCCUCCGGCUCGAACGUCGCCAUCGUCGGCCCCUCCGGCGGCGGCAAAUCGACCAUCGGCUCCCUCCUCCUGCGCUUCUACAACCCCACCUCCGGCCAAGUCUUCAUCAACGGCAUCGACAUCUCCACCAUGAACGGCAAAUCCCUCCGCCGACGCAUCGGCAUGGUCGGCCAAGAACCCGUCCUCAUGUCCGGCUCCGUCGCCGAGAACAUCGCCUACGGCCGCCCCAACGCCAGCCGCAGCGAAAUCAUCGCCGCCGCCCGCAAAGCCAACUGCCAAUUCAUCGAAGACUUCCCCGAGGGUCUCGAUACGCAGGUCGGUGCGCGCGGCGCCCAGCUGAGCGGCGGGCAGAAGCAGCGCAUCGCGAUCGCGCGCGCGCUGCUCAAGGAUCCGGAUAUCCUGAUUCUGGACGAGGCGACGAGCGCGCUGGAUGCGGAGAGCGAGACGCUGGUUAACUCGGCGCUGGCGGCGCUGUUGAGGGGGCAUAACACCACCAUCUCGAUUGCGCAUCGCUUGAGCACUAUUAAGCGCAGUGAUCGCAUUAUUGUGCUGGGGAAUGAUGGCAAGGUCGCAGAGAUGGGGACGUAUAAGGAGCUUGCUACGGAUCCGGAGAGUGCGUUUACGAGGCUGAUGGAGUGGCAGAUGAGUGGGGGGGAGGGGACGGAGGAGGCGGUGGGUGUGAAUAGGGAAGGGAGGGGGCAUGUCACGGAGAGUGAGGUUAUUGCGGAUAAUCUUGCGAGAGAGGCGAUUUUGGCGGAGGAGGAAGAAGCGCAUGAGGAGGAGGAGACGGAGGAGGAGAAGCGGGCGGAGUCGGGGGGUGGUGUAGAUGGCGAGGUGAAGAAAUAAGGGGUGGAAGGUUUGAUGGACGGCGUUUUUAGUAUAGACGAGCGGGCCGUGUGCGCAAUGAUUUUUUGUUGCGGACGUUGUAUAUAAAAUAAAGUGUGCGAUACUCCUCUCACUGAGGCGAUGGUUUGGACCACAGUUGCUUAGACGUAGGUUUGGCACUGUAAAAUAGAAAAAAAAAAAACUUAAUUAUCCC